GACUUUGUAGUUAACUUUUCAUUCGCUUCUAACACCUACUUUAGAGGAGCAACAACAAGACUAUUACAAGCAUGUAGAUAAACAAGGAGCUUCAGCAGAAAUGUUGCACCAAUCAAAUGCCUCACAAGAUGCCAAGAAGGAUGACUUAAGGCAUGAAAAAAGCUCAUCUGACACUGCUGCAUAUGUUGCUGCUGCUACUGCUGCAAUGGCAGAAGAAACAACAAAUGAUGCAGUCACCCCAUCAAUAGAGAAAUUAUGGAUGGAGUUUGUGAAAUUCAGACAAAGCUCAGAGUUAAAUUUCAAUCAUCUAAAGAAAGAAAUUGAAGGACUCAACUUGAAGAUGGAUGAAUUGAAACAACUUUUAUUAGAAGUUAAGAGUUCGAAUGAGGAACAUGGUAUGCAUGACACUAGAUUCAAAAAAUCUAGUACAAAAGAAAAUGAUAACAAUAUGGGCUUUGAUUUCCAAACUGGAAUUUUUGAGGAUGUUACAGAUGAUGAAGUGGAGAGGAAUGACAUUCCCAUGAAUGUGAACAUUGAUAUGGAAGCUUCUAGAAACCUUCAGCUUGCAGAAAAACACAUGACUAAAGAGUUGAAAGAUGACUACUCUAUUGAUGAUCCAGUUAUUGAUAUUGCCAAGUUGUUUGGUACCCCAACUAUGUCGGGCGAGUUUUCAGUAUAUGUCAUACCUCACCAUCUAUCUCCUGCCAUUUUUAAGCAAAGGCAUGAGAUUAAAAAGUCUCGUAUCUUGCAGCACCCUUUUACAGAUCCCACCAAGAGAAAGAAACUAAGAAAAGAGAUUGAGAAACCAUUAACUUCAUUUGAUCCUUUGCGUCCAAUCUCUGAAGAAGCAUUACAGUCCUUUCAAAAGUGGAUGAGUGAUGACCAAGGGUUCACAAUUGACAUUGACUACAUGCAUAUAGAUAAAAAAUGGUUUCAAUCACUGUCUAAUCAUGGUUCAUGGCUUGCUGACAUGCCUCUUUAUUCUGUCAAAUGGCCUGAUGUUGACAUUGUGUAUGUCCCUAUCAAUGUUCGGGCUAGUCACUGGGUAUUAGGAGUUGUCCACCUUCAUCGAAGGAUUAUAUACGUAUAUGACUCAUUGAUGGGCAUCAAUAAUAAUGCAAGAUUGCAAGUUGCCAUUAAACCAUUAGCCAAAUUGUUGCCGCAUAUAUUGAAUGCAAUAGCAUAUUAUGGUUUUCAUGGUGACACAAAAGUUAACUACCUGGAAUGGGAAAUUGAACGGCUGUAA